UCACAGGUUGUGAGACCACAUGAGCUCACAUACAAAGCUCGCAGCAAAGAUUCUCAAUCUUAUAGAAAACAGCCCGCUGUUGGGCCUUCCACUGCUCAAGCCCGAUACAACGAUCCCUUCUACCAGCUCAACCUCGAUCCCUUGUCCUUCGCCACGAACCCCCUCGUUCUCUCCAACUUCAUUUCAGAAAUGGGAAAAAUUUAUGGUCGUUCUGCUACUGGUUUGACUAUCAAAAGUCAGAGAAAGUUAGGGAAGGCCAUCCGAAGGGCGAAGAUGAUGGGCAUUAUCCCUAAUCUCAGCAAACCCACUGAUUCCUGGAUGUUUGACACCCGCAAACCGAGAGCGUAG